GAACCCUAAAACCCUCCACUCGUGGAGCAACUCGAUUUCCAUCGGGCAGAAGAUAGAAGACGGACCAAGUGCGAAGGUAGUCGAGGAUGGGAAAGGGGCACGAGCUUUGGAACGACUCUGCUCUCAUCAAUGCUUUCGAUCGCGCCAUGGCCACCUACAAGGAAAUGCACAAGGAAAGCUGUCCUGGCCAUUCUUUUGCCGAUGAAAAACAUGCGAGUGAGAGCAAUCUUGGUGAGAAUUUACACUCUGUGAGCUCAACUAGGGAAGGAGAGCAUAAUGAUGAUCAAGAGAAUUUGAUCAAUGAUGUAGCAAAUACAUGUAUGCCUUACCACCAGGAUGUAGCUACCAAUGAAGUUCUUCAAUCUCAAAAAGAAAGUUUAUGUGCUAAUAUAUGCACCCCAGAACUGAACCCGCAUUGCUCCAAGAUCCCUGUUGCUGACACACAAACUAGUUAUGGGACUUAUGGCAAUGAUCAGAGAAAUAUUGAGUAUAAUAAUCUCCUUAAUCAGUAUUAUGAGCUUGAGGAGAAGAGACUACAAGUUCUCCAGCAGCUCCAGCAUGCAAAUUAUUGGAAUCCACAAAAUCCAGCUCAAUCUGGUGAAUAUCAAACAGAGAAAGUUCUAUCAAACCAUGCAACUGAAAAUUACUCACAGCAUCCAUGUUCCUGGCGCUCUUGCCAUGGUGUCACUGUUCCAGUAAUUCCCACAGCUUGUGUCACAUGUUGCCCUUCACCAGGACUCUCUGAUUCUUGUUCCCAAGGCUGCCUUGCUCUGGCACCACAUCAUUUUUCAGAUGGACAGGGCUAUGGUCAAAGUGGUUUGUGUUCUAGUUGCCCAUCAUGCACUGUAGAUGCGUCCAAGAAAAUCAAUGUCACAGAUGACAACUUGACCAAAAUAGGAAUGAAGGCCGCUGAAAAAGUAUUAAGUUCAGUGAAAUCCAAAAGUUCACUUGUUUCUGCUGUGUGUGAAGAAAAUGAGGGGAAGGAGGAAGCAGCUGGUGAACAUGAACCAAAAACAUCAAGCGGCACUCAGAAUGAAAAUACCUCAGCGAGCAGUCCAGGAGCAAAGCUUUUUGACAGAACUUUCAACUUAAAUACAUUUUUGGGCAAGCAACAAUAAAGUGAAGGUAACUACUAUCACAAUCUGCAGUAUGGAGAAGUUUGCGUUAGCUUGUUCUCCAGUCGGAAAGAAGUCGAACAGCUUGUCAUGGUUAGCUGUUAUUCCCCUUUAUAACUAGUAGUUCAUUAGCAACCUUCCUCAUAUUAUCUUCUCCUUGACAAUUUGCUUUCAAUCAGUUCCAAAAAAUGAAAUGAAAUCUUUUCUUGCUAGAAAUGUUUCUUCACGGAGUUUGACUAUCACUAAAUUGGUGUCAUUAAUGAGAGUAAUAUAAGAAGGGGGAGUCUUGGCGUUGGUGCAAUGAUAACAUUGUUAUCAUGUGACUUGCUUUUAAUGAGAAUAAUAAUAUAAGAAU